AUGCUAACUUUAUGGCACAAAAACGCGGCAGACCAAGUCGAACUUCCACCUUCCUCAAACACAGACAGUCAACAACAUUUUAGCAAGGGACGAAAGUACCUGAUUCUAUUCAUUGUAAGCUGGAAUUGUCUAGUUGUGACGUUCUCGAGUACAUCGCUGCUAGUAGCCACGCCAGAGAUCGCUUCCGACCUGAGAACCACCACAGAAAUCAUCAAUGCCACCAAUGCCGGCGUUCUGGUUGCCAUGGGAUGCUCUUCGUUGAUAUGGUCUCCUCUUGCUGAGGUAAUCGGUCGGAGGCGCAGUUACAAUGCCGCAAUCCUCUUCAUGCUGGCUACAUCUGUUGGGACUGCUGUGGCAACUAACUUGGCAGGCUUCACGGCGUUGAGAGUCCUAUCAGGGCUUACGGGCACGUACUUUAUGGUGGCUGGUCAGACUAUCAUUGCUGAUAUCUACCAGCCUUUGGUUCGCGGUAGAGCUGUCGGUUUUAUGCAAGUUGGAAGUGUUGCGGGAUCCGCUAUAGGGCCAUGUAUCAGUGGUAUAAUUAUCACUUUCAGCCACUGGCGAAGUAUAUACUGGUUACAGUGUUCCAUGACUGGCCUAGGCUUUGUUCUCUCUUUCUUCUUCAUCCCGAUUAUCAAGAGCGAGGUUCAACAACUUCAUGGCAGGCUAUCAGCAUCUGAACGAUCUGUGUCGGGAAUUCUCAGGAUAUUCAACCCUACUAGGAUUUUGAAGCAAUUUCUUAGACCACAAGUCUUUCUGGCAGACUUGACAUGCGGGUUUCUUGCAAUUUCACAGUACGGUCUCCUUACUUGUGUCAGACACAUCAUCACUCCUCGGUACCAUAUCACGACACCAUUAAUCAGUGGCCUCUUCUACAUUGCGCCGGGAAUGGGUUUUAUCGUUGGGAGUGUCUUAGGUGGGCGUAUGUCGGAUUAUGCCGUCAAGCGAUAUAUUGAGAAACGUGAAGGCACUCGCCUGCCAAAAGACAGGCUAAAUAGUGGACUGGUCUAUUUCCUUGCCGUAUUGCCGGUUUCCUUACUCCUCUAUGGAUGGAGUUUGGAGAAGAAAAUCGGAGGCUUAGCAUUGCCCAUCGUUAUGGCCUUCUGGAUUGGCGUUGGUCUGAUGGGGGCUUGGAAUGGACUCAAUACGUAUACCGCAGAAGUAUUUCCUACUGAGCGCUCAGAAGUGGUGUGUAGCAAGUACGUGUUGCAGUAUGCCUUUGGUGCCACUAUAUCGGCUACAAUCGUUCCUCUUCUGAAUGCAACUGGAGUCGGUUGGACAUUCACUAUUUGUAGGCACUAA